CUUCCAGUCUACAGGUGUCGGGUGGAGGUGUAGUGGUCACUGGCGCUCUGGGAAUCUGGGACAAACCAUGUCAACCAAUGCGCGGUGAAACUUAACUGUGUGGUGCUAACGGCUUUACAGGUUUCCCAGAAGAUCAUCCUGGUCAAUGGCACUAUUGGUGAAGUUUCCCAGAGCUCUCUUGAAGGAACCGUCACAGUAUGCCGGUUGGACGACAACUUCCCACCCACCUACUGGCCUGUAUGCGACUCGCACUUCAAGACAAUGGUCUACCUCAUGCCUGGAGCUAACAGACUGCGCUUCGACUUUUCGAGCCCCAAGCUGGCCAAUAGUGGUUCAUCCAACCCCAUCCAUUCCUCUUACAUCACAGUGCACAUGGUCCCUCCCAUGAACUCGCCCCCCUUGCAAUUGGCUAUCUUGCUCGCAAAGGACUCCCCGGGAACCUUCGACGCCGUGCCCGCGCGAAUCGAGAGGGAAGGGAAUGGCUUGGACACGGCUAUUCGCAAGUUUCGCAUGGCCGCCUACUUGUGGCAAGCUUUCACGGCCGAGCAGAUGUUUAGAAACAAACUGGGCCGACGGGCCUUCCGUUUCGAGGAAGAGUGGACGACCGGAACCUGCAACCAGCGUGACCGAGAGAUGGGUACGAUGCGGUCAGAAGCGCGAGUCCACGUCAUACGGUCUGACAAAACCCUCGCCGAGAUACGCGAUAUGGAACGGGCCCAACAGAACCCCAAUGCUACCAAGAAAGGAGAACUCUACGACAUUGCCGCCGAAGCUGUCAAGAACUACUUUCAAACCCUCCCUGGGCAGAAGCAAUACGUUUCGGUGCUGAUAAUGGACUCGCAUUGGGAUGCCGCGGCCAAGACAGUGGUUGGCCAUGCUGCUUUGGGUGGCAAUGCGGGUGAUCUCCAAUUGGCCAUUUUUGGCUCCCAUUGCCUGCAGAGUUAUCCUACAAGUUUUGAGGAGAUUGCCCCGGCAUUUACCGACUGCACACCAACCGACACGAACUGGGUCGCUAAUGACUGCAACGAGGCUGGAAGCUCUUGGGAAGCGGCGAACAUCGGUAUUGGUGCACAUCUUCACGAGACGGGCCAUUUGUUUGGAUGCCCGCACCAGGAGAGUGGUGUUAUGCUGAGGGACUAUGUGCGACUCAACCGAUCCUUCGUGGCUCGAGAAGCAUACAGUACGCGAACCAAGUCGAAAGGGGGGCUGGUCUUGGAGGCGGACGAGUGCACUUGGCACAGACUGGACUGCCUGCGCUUCAAAAGUCAUCCAUGCUUCCGACUGCCCAACGAUCCUCUACUAAACCCCGACGCCAGCCUCCAGGCUUGGCCUGUGGAAGAUGGGAAAGUCCAAAUCAUCGCUCCUACCGGUGUUUCGUAUCUGGAAAUCUUCCCAGAAGGCGAUGAUGUGUGCCACACUUGGAUCGAAUACCCGGCCGAGAAAGGCACGCUGCAGCGAAUUAUCGUGCUGACUGAGAAGGAGCUGUUGAACCGAUUGCCCGAGAACAAGCGACAAUCAUCCAAGAUGCAGAUCAGCAUCAAGUCGCAUGGUGGGGGCAAUCUGGACAUUGCGGACUUCCGUACCUUAUGCUCCAAGGCAUCUGCGCUGAAGCUAUCCUUCGGCCCAGGUCCUCUUGGCCAAACGGCUUUCCGCAGCUACAAGCUUGGCCUGUCGCAGAUGGAGGGUAGCGAGCCCCAUGAAUUCGUCUUCACCAGCUUCAAGGAGAAGAACAGGGUUCUCUCCAAGAUUGUAUUCUACCAUGGACUUGCAUUCGACGGCAUGGAGUUCUUCUACGACGAUAAUUCGAGCCAACUGUUUGGAAAGCGUGGAGGCAAAGCCGGCGGUGAUACCUUUGACAUGGAUAUUCGACGUGGCGAGUGCAUCACUGGCUUUCUCGUGCGUUCCGGUUUCUGGAUCGACGCUGUUCAAGUUUUGACCAGUCUCGGAAGAAAGUCGCCCAUUUAUGGCAACGCUCAUGGAGGAUCUCCCCACACGCUGCUGCCUCCCCGAGGCUACAACCUCGUUGGCGUUUCCGGAUCGUGUGCCGCCUGGGUAGAUGGGUUCUCGGUUCUCAUCACCAAGUAAUUCGCCCCUGGCAUAUUCUUGUACAACCACAGCAUAUUGAACUACA